GCUUUCCGAGCAUGGUGCUUGCAGUGGCUACUCCGUACGGACUCGGUGCUCUCGAAGCAGCCGCGCCGUCGCCCGACGCCUCACGAACUGCUGUCGUACUGCCGUGGGGUCGCGGCUACAUGCGCGCCAGCGAUGUGGCACCGCGCCAUACCUUCCGGGCCACCUGCCUCACGUCCAAGGUGCGCCACUUUGACGUGAACGUGGCGCUCGACUGCUCGCUCAACGACCUCCGAGCUUGCAUCAUCAAGGCGCUGGGCGAGCCUCUUUUUCCCGAGACCAUUUCGGUGCUGCAGCCAACCGUCGGUGGUCGGCAUCGGUUGACGGAUAGCAACCCAUGUAUCUUUCGAUCACUGCAGCCGCUGCUUGUGGUAAUCGCGCCGCUACUGCAGCUCGGCAAGAUGGCGCUGGCGCUGCACUUGGACACGAGACCCUGCGACAAGACUACGCUCGAGCCAAGCAAGUGCAUUCCCGCGUCCGAGACGCUGCAUGCAUCGUCCCAGCUCACACUGCCAUCCAUCGUGCAGGUUGCCCGUGGCGUGUGCGCAGUGGUCGCCAAAGACGCGCUGCGAUCCGGCAUCGCCUAUUGGGAAGUGCGCCUGGACGAAACCAUAGGCGGCGACGGACUAUUUGUCGGCAUUGGCACGACCGACAUGCCGUUGAAUACCAGCGUGACGAGCACGGGCUUGUUUUACGGCGUCGCUGUCGCCUCGGGCCAGAAGGUGCACAUGACUUCCGAAGCGUACGGCCCCAAAUGCGUCAACGGCGAAGUGCUCGGCGUCGAGUUUGACGUGGACCGGGGGACGCUAAGCUUUUACCGCAACCGCGAGUAUCUCGGCAUCGCCUUUCGCAAUGUCUUUGGCAAGACGCUGUGUCCGGCCUUUGGCGCCUCGGGCGUCGGUCUCCGAUUCACACUCCUUCCGCGGCGCUCAGCGCCGUCCCUACAAUAGGUUGUGUGUCGUCAAACCGAAAGUCUGAAAUCAAAAUACAUGCCACCUACAUGACGAGCAUCGGGCGUUCGUCUGGUAGCCCGCACAACAGGGUACACUGCCC